UAAAAAAAUCAUGGCCGGAAGAAUGGGAGGACGUGGCAGAGGAAGACCCAAUCAGUCUUUUUCCAUGGAGAGAGAAUUGGGCAUCUCCAAAGGAGACUCGUUGCUGUCCACGUCGAUUCUGCAACCGUCGCCUCAUUAUCCCUCGUUGGACUGCAAACCUCCGCCGAUCAAUCUGAGCGCCGAGAUGAGUUACCUAGUUGAAUUAAAGAGAGAUUUUACCGAAUACGUGCGCGAGUCGCCGAAUAACGUGCAAGCUAUUGUAUUAAACGAAGAUAUCGAACGAUUUUGCGAAGAUUACGAGGAGACUAUAGCGGAAUAUUACACCAGAUCCGAAUACGAAUCAAGAUACGAUUGGAACAAAGUGCCCGUUGAGCUAAAAGGUUCGCACAAUAAACGCAAGUCUUCUCCGCAAAAGAACGUGGACAAAAGAAAAAAGGUCGAAUCGGUGGACAUUCAGAAAAAACUGGAAGAGUUGGAGAAAACUGAGAGUACGCAGAAAAUCAAAUCGGAGAGAGAAGAUAAGGAGCAGGAGGAGGAAGAGGAGGACGCGGAGGACAAGGACGUGGACGAACGCGUGAAGAACGAGGAUGUGGAAAUGGACGACGGGACUGAUUACGCGAACGAGUAUUUCGAAAACGGUGACAAUUACUACAGCGAGGAUGAGAACGACGACGGACCUACAUUUUAAUACACGAAUGUGUGACAUUGUCUCAGUCUUCAGAUUAGUAACAAGUUUGUUUGCGUGUGAAAAACUAGUUUUUAUAUUGUUAGCGCAUCGUGAGCAAGUUUAGAUUUUUAAAUAAAGAGAGAGAGAGAAACAAACAGAGACAGAGACAACCACGCGAGCCACAAGAACGUAAUUCUCUGUUGCAACGAUUUACUUUCGUUUUUUUCUGAGGCCUGGUUUAUGCGGGCAAACAAGGCCUUGUUUUGGCCUUGUUUAGGCGGGUAAUAACUGUUAAUUUAUGCCAGAAUUUUAGAGUACAGUUCAACUAUAGGAUUUCAACGCUUCUGUUAAUAAACAGAAAUAUUAAAAUCUUAGGCCCGCAUAAACCAGUCCCUGAUUCUUUGCUACCGAGAAGAAAGAAAUGAAUUAUUUAGAUUAGCUUGCAUAUAUAAGUUUAUGCAUAUGCGGAUAUAAAUGAAAACAGAGGAAUGGGCACGAUAUGAAGAAAAACAAUUCAAGAAAUCACAGGAAGCGUCGGCGUGUUCUUUAUUACGAGUAUUUCUCAAUUUUAUCUAUAUAUAAUAUAUAAUAUAUACUUAUAUAUAUAUAAUAUAUAUAUAGCCAUAAUAAUCUGCAAUUAUUGUAAUAAAUGACCCGCCUCUAUGAUGCGAUCAGAUUAGUACAAACGCAAUCGUUUGGGACAAGCGAUUCGGGGGGAAAGGGAGUAAAAGGGUUGUGUUUCACAAAAAUCACCGAGGUAGAAAUGCGCAAAAAUACCGUAGUGUUACGUAAUGUUUGUUUACGCACACUUUGUAAAAUCUUACGUCUCGAUUUUUUUUUUUUUAUAUUUUGUAGAUUUUUCUUUUUUAUUUUUCGAAAACAAAUUUCGUCGUACUAGCAAAUUUAUGCGCUUUGAACGGUGCGAUAGAUUUUUAUUUAGACAAAAGAAACGCUAAAUCAUAGAGAGAAUCUCGCUAUCUCUCCCAGAAAAAAAGACACAAUCGCCGAUCACUCAGUUUUUUCCUUUUCAAGGCCGAGAAAAUUCGUGAUCGAAUAUCGUCGAUGCGUUCGGAGAUACGAAUCUUUUGCGAUAAGCGAACUACCGAUAAAUCAAUUAGCUGCAUGUUUUUUUUUUAUCACAUAAUAUAUGUGUGAAUAAAUUUUGAGUCAUGACGCAUGCGUCGCGAUUUGGUCGCAAAUUGAAGAGCAAGCAAUUGUGUGUGAUCAUUUUUAUAUAAUGAUGAUUAUAUGGAGCUUCAAGAAUUUUUAAAUAAUAAUGAAUUAUGGCUAUUGA